UUGGUGUCGGCAGGGUCUUCGCGGGCCCAGCAAUCGGCACCCGCCUCUGGUGGAGUACGCCGCAUGCGUUGGACAACCCAGAUGAACAGCAACGCAUUGCGGGCGUAUUUUAGGGUGAAAGGGGAAGAAACUGGAGGUUUUGCGUAUCAGGCAAGGAUGCAUCGACUUUUUGCUGAGCUGGAGCCAUCUGUAACCGUCACCGAGCAAAACCUGGCAGACCGAGUUCGGUAUAUCUUGCGCUCAAAUACAUUUGAUGUUACCGAACUCGAACGGCUACGACGUGAGGCUGUUCCUUCGUCGGGUCAAAAUGCUGCGGCUGAGGAUGCGGCGCCACAACUUGCUGAGCAAACGGCAAAUGUGGAUGCCGCCGUGAACACGCCAGUUGUGGUUGAUUCAGACGAUGAUGGAACAGUCGCCCUGGAACUGGAACUAGAGUAA